CUCUCCUGCACUCAGGUCCACCCCCUACUCCUGAUUGGCGAGGCUCGCCGCGACCGGAGCCCGCCGCCUACGACGUCCCUGUGAACUGAUUUGAAAUAAGAGCCAGGCGGUCCUCGCUAGCCUGCGCCCGACUUUUCAUAGGCUGGAAAAGGAAAGGUUGAGAAACUUGACAUUGUCUUGGGUAGAGUGCGUAUAGAAGCAGAUCAAAGAAUAAAAAGGGAGGGGAACGAAAAACGUGCUCUUUGCUGCCUGUGGAUUCCACCGAGUUGCUUUUGUCUUGUGGGCUUUUCUGCCGGCUUUGGUGUCUGUGCUUGGAAGCCUGCGGGUGCGCUUCCGAGCAGCUUGCUCCCUGCCGGAUGGGUCAUGGAAUUCUAAACAUGAGUCAGAUAGCUGAUCAGCUUCCUUGGAUUUUGCUGAUGACCCCGGAGAGUUUUGCCUGAAGAUGGAAACACUGGAGUCGGAGCUGACCUGUCCUAUUUGUCUGGAGCUUUUUGAGGACCCUCUCCUGCUUCCCUGUGCACAUAGCCUCUGUUUCAACUGUGCCCACCGCAUCCUGGUCUCUCACUGUGCCACCAACGAGCCUGUGGAGUCCAUCAACGCCUUCCAGUGCCCCACCUGCCGGCAUGUCAUCACGCUCAGCCAGCGAGGUCUAGACGGGCUCAAGCGCAACGUCACCUUACAAAACAUCAUUGACAGGUUUCAGAAAGCAUCCGUGAGUGGGCCCAAUUCUCCCAGUGAGACCCGCAGGGAGCGGGCCUUUGACGCCAACACCAUGUCUUCUGCCGAGAAAGUUCUCUGCCAGUUCUGUGACCAGGAUCCUGCCCAGGAUGCUGUGAAGACCUGUGUUACUUGUGAAGUGUCCUACUGUGAUGAGUGCCUGAAAGCCACUCAUCCGAAUAAGAAGCCCUUUACAGGCCAUCGUCUGAUUGAGCCAAUCCCGGACUCGCACAUCCGGGGGCUAAUGUGCUUGGAGCAUGAGGAUGAGAAGGUGAAUAUGUACUGUGUGACCGAUGACCAGUUAAUCUGUGCCUUGUGUAAACUGGUUGGGCGGCACCGCGAUCAUCAGGUGGCAGCUUUGAGUGAGCGCUAUGACAAAUUGAAGGUUAGUCCGAUCUGCCUUAAGCCAACCCCUUUCUGCCAGCAAAUGUCAUGGAAAUAAGAAGUGUAUUCACUGCUAGCUACAUGGCAGGUGAAGGAUUUCUCUUCACCUUUGUUGUCUGAUUAGUUGUAGCAUGUUUUUGGCAGGAUAUAAAUGUUACACAAUGAGGGUAUCUUGUAAAAGUUGACUGCUGCUUGUAAUUUUCGUGUUGUCAAGGUGAGGGCAAAUUCUAAAAAUCUGGAUCAUUUUCAACUCUUGCUGUUUUCUGGAUCAUUUUCAAUGUCUGCAGUUGUUACAAAGAGAGGAGAUAGAGACAGCAUGGGGCAGGGGAAGGAACGGUGAGAAAAAGAGAAAGAGGAAUAUAAAAAAGUCUAUCGUUUGAGCAUUUACAGACAUUUAUUUUCUUCACUCUUCCAGGAAAAAGUAAUUUACUCACAUUGGACCUUUAUCUAGUUACUAUACAAACAAAAGACCAGAAAGAAGAAUGUGUGUAGCAAAUGUCUGUACCAAAUGUGGGAUUUUAGAGGACAUGUGACCUCCUUGUGUAAAUGAUAUUCAGCUUAUUGGUGAACUAUCAUGUUCUGACAGUCUCGGGUUUCAUGAAAGCAUUCCUGCCUGUAUAAGCUUCUUUUAUUCAGCCAGUUUACAGGCAAGACUGUCUGAAUUCCAUCCACUUCUAGUAUGAAAUUAUCCAAAUUACAGCUUGGGGAAUAGUAAUUAACAUGGUUAUAUGUUAAGUUAAAAAAAUACUCUCUAAAUAAGGUUAGAAAGCUUCAGGGAAGAAAUAAAAAAAAUCUCCUGAUGUCUAUUCAACUUCGGUUGACAGUGGGCCUAAUUAUUGCAAACACGACUGAGAGAGUUUGUGUGAAGUAUUAUGUUCAUCAGCUAAUUUUUAGAUCACAAGACACUAAUUAAAAGAAAAAGAGGUAUAAGUUAAAAGUGCUAAGUAAAUAUAUACUGAAGUCCUUCCUCUCAGGAAAAACAGAGCAACUUGUUGAGCAAACAAAAUUAAUCAGAUGAUCCAAAGAGUAUCAUUGCUCAAAGAAUAACAUCACCUUUAACAAAUGGUUCCUAUUCCCUUCACCUAAUGCUAAUGACUGCUUAUAUUUACUUAGGCUACAUAGGUGAUUUUACCAUGGUGAAGAUUAACGAACCGCAUCUGGGAUUCAGUGUUGUGAUUGUUU